UUUUUUUUUCUCUUCGUAGCAAAUUUCAUACUUGAACAUCAUUUAGCUUAUUAUAACAAGCUAUGGGGCAUACUUGUUCCAAAAUAAAAGUAGUCCAUUCUCCUUCUGCAGGUUUAGUAGACUACGGUUACCUUAGUCCUCAAGGUAUUGAUCAUAAUGUAGAUUAUGAUAUGGGAAUUGUACGCAGCUUGAUUCGUAAAGGAUAUCUGGCACCUUUUUAUGAAGGAUUGACAGAACCUUUAAAACAACAAGGUUUGAUGUACGAUACCGAAUGUCCCAUUUGCUUUUUGUAUUAUCCAUCAAAAAUGAAUAGGACAAGGUGUUGUGAUAAAUCAAUCUGCACAGAGUGCUUUUUACAACUCAGGCGAUCUUCAUUUUCUCCGCUUGUACCUGCUGUCUGCCCUUUUUGUGUACAACCUAAUCUUGGUGUACUUUAUAUUCCUCCUGUGUGGAGUAGAUAUCAUUUAGGUUUCAAAAAAAGAAGAUCUGAUUUAAUAACAGAAAACGAUACCAAAAAUAUCAAAAGAAGAACAUGGAGGCUGGAACCCAAUGAUCCUGAUGUUGUAUUAGUUGACACAGUAAGACCUAAAUGGCAAGACGGCAUACUACAAGAAAGAUACUCUUCGAAUUUUGGAAGUACGCGAAGAAGAAGACUUCAACUUGCUCAUAAUGAACACAUAAGACGCCCAAGUAAUUCUACCAUGUUUGAUACCUUUGCUCAUAUGGACCUUGAAGAUGUUUUUGUGAUGGAAGCUAUUCGAAUCUCCUUGGUGAAUCAAGAUAAUCAAACUAACCAUCAUUAACUCUUAUUUAUUGACUUGUACUAUAUAUUUUUAUUGCCUAAUAAACAUUACUGAACUCUUUUUGAGUUUGAACUUUAA